UGUUCUAGGGUUUACUUCUGGCAUGAAGGAAGACUGAAGUUGAGUAGAAUCGCAGGGAAAGGGGGAGGUCUUUUAGUGUUUUCUGAAACUGAAGAAAGAAGCUGAGACAUUAGUGAAACGGGAAACCAAGGAGCAGAGAAGCACUACGAGGAGAUACGUAGCGGGACGCGGAGAUAAAGCGAUAACGCGAAGAGAUACGCAGAGGAACGGAAGACCUACAGAAGAGAGAGAGUCGCAAAGAAGAGACAGAAACGCCCAGAAGCGAGAGAAGAUACUGUUUGUACAAAGAAAAGAACCAGAGAGGAGGGCAAGCGGGCUGAGGCUGAACGCGUGAAGGCGGAAGACGAGGAACGGGACAAGCUUGCGUGGUCGAUGUGUCUGUUGAGUUUUGAACGCAUAUAAACUUAUAUUUAGAAAAGAUGGAUGAUAGCUUAUACGAUGAGUUCGGAAACUAUAUCGGACCAGAAAUUGAGUCUGACCAAGAGAGUGAUGUUGAGGUUGAUGAGGAGCUUCCAGACAAGCCUACUGAAGAAGAAGCAAUCUCUGAUGGUGAGGAAGAACCUGGCGCUUCUAAUAUGUGGAUUACUGCCUCUAAUGAUAUUGAUAUGGACAAUCAGAUUGUUCUGGCCGAGGAUAAAAAGUACUAUCCAACGGCAGAAGAGGUUUAUGGUGAAGAUGUUGAAACAUUAGUUAUGGACGAAGAUGAGCAGCCCCUUGAACAGCCGAUAAUAAAACCUGUUAGGAAUAUCAAGUUUGAGGUCGGGGUGAAGGAUUCAUCAACUUACGUGUCAACCCAGUUUCUUAUUGGUCUCAUGUCAAAUCCUUCUCUGGUUCGGAAUGUUGCUCUUGUGGGUCAUCUGCAGGAUGGGAAGACUCUAUUCAUGGAUAUGUUGGUGGAGCAAACCCACCAUAUAUCCACUUUUGAGGUAAACAACGAGAAGCACAUGAAGUAUACGGAUACACGGAUUGAUGAGCAAGAGAGAAAUAUAUCAAUCAAGGCAAUUCCAAUGUCACUUGUCCUUGAGGACAGCAAUUCAAAAUCAUACCUUUGUAACAUCAUGGACACCCCUGGACAUGUCAAUUUUUCUGACGAAAUGACUGCUGCUCUCAGGCUUGCUGAUGGUGCUGUACUGGUUGUUGAUGCUGCUGAAGGAGUGAUGGUGAACACAGAAAGAGCUAUUCGUCAUGCAAUCCAGGAACGUCUUCCAAUUGUGGUUGUAAUUAACAAGGUUGACAGGCUGAUAACUGAACUUAAGUUGCCUCCAAAAGAUGCUUACCACAAACUAAGGCAUACUCUGGAAGUCAUUAACAACCAAAUAUCUGCUUCAUCAACAACUGCUGGAAAUGUGCCAAUUAUAGAUCCAACUAUUGGAAAUGUUUGUUUUGCAAGUGCUACCGCUGGCUGGUCCUUCACCUUGCAGUCAUUUGCUAAACUUUAUCUAAAACUUCAUGGCAUUCCAUUUGAUGUUGAUCAAUUUGCAUCUCGUCUUUGGGGGGAUAUGUAUUACCAUCCAGACACGAGAAGUUUUAAAAGAAAACCCCCUGCAGGUGGUGGAGAAAGAUCAUUUGUCCAGUUUGUUCUUGAACCUCUUUACAAAAUAUAUAGCCAAGUGAUUGGUGAACAUAAGAAGAGUGUAGAGGCAACUCUUGAAGAAUUAGGUGUCACCCUCAGCAAUGCUGCUUACAAAUUGAAUGUGAGGCCUUUGCUAAGGUUAGCAUGCAGUUCUGUUUUUGGUUCAGCAUCAGGCUUCACUGAUAUGCUGGUGAAGCACAUACCUUCUGCAAAAGAUGCUGCAGAUAGGAAAGUUGAGCAUAUAUAUACUGGACCCAAAAACUCGACGAUCUACAAGGCCAUGAUAGAUUGUGAUCCUUCUGGCCCACUUAUGGUCAAUGUGACCAAGUUGUAUCCCAAGUCGGAUUGUAGUGUCUUUGAUGCUUUUGGUAGGGUCUACAGUGGUAAAAUUCAGACAGGGCAAACAGUACGUGUACUAGGAGAAGGCUAUUCACCAUAUGAUGAGGAGGACAUGACUGUAAAAGAAGUAACAAAAUUAUGGGUUUAUCAGGCUCGAUAUAGGUUGCCUAUAAGUAGUGCCCCACCUGGUUCUUGGGUUCUGAUUGAAGGUGUGGAUGCAUCCAUAAUGAAAACUGCCACUCUUUGUAAUGUGGAUUAUGAUGAAGAUGUGUACAUAUUCCGUCCUCUACAGUUCAAUACUCUUCCAGUAGUGAAAACAGCUACUGAGCCUUUAAAUCCUAGUGAGUUGCCUAAAAUGGUGGAGGGUCUUAGGAAGAUCAGCAAAAGCUAUCCACUUGCAAUUACCAAAGUUGAGGAGUCUGGGGAGCAUACUAUUUUAGGUACUGGAGAGUUGUACUUGGAUUCAAUCAUGAAGGACCUGAGAGAGCUCUAUUCUGAAGUGGAAGUGAAGGUGGCAGAUCCUGUUGUCUCAUUCUGUGAAACAGUGGUGGAAUCUUCAUCAAUGAAAUGUUUUGCUGAGACACCGAACAAGAAAAAUAAAAUAACUAUGAUUGCAGAACCAUUGGAAAGAGGACUUGCUGAGGACAUUGAGAAUGGUGUUGUGAGCAGUGAUUGGAACCGGAAGCAACUUGGGGACUUCUUUAAGACAAAGUAUGACUGGGAUUUGCUUGCUGCACGUUCUAUAUGGGCAUUUGGCCCUGAUAAGCAGGGGCCUAACAUUCUAUUGGAUGAUACCCUCCCUACUGAAGUCGACAAAAACUUGCUUGGUGCUGUCAAGGAUUCUAUUGUUCAAGGAUUUCAAUGGGGUGCACGAGAAGGGCCUCUCUGCGAUGAACCCAUUAGAAAUGUCAAGUUCAAAAUAGUUGAUGCAAGGAUUGCACCUGAGCCUUUGCAUCGAGGGUCGGGUCAGAUCAUUCCCACAGCCCGACGUGUUGCCUAUUCAGCUUUUCUUAUGGCGACCCCCCGGCUCAUGGAACCUGUAUAUUAUGUGGAGAUACAAACGCCAAUUGAUUGUGUUUCUGCAAUCUACACGGUGUUAUCUCGCAGACGUGGACAUGUUACAGCUGAUGUUCCUCAGCCAGGGACCCCAGCGUACAUUGUUAAGGCAUUUUUACCUGUGAUAGAGUCAUUUGGCUUUGAGACAGAUUUGCGGUACCAUACUCAGGGCCAAGCAUUUUGCCUUUCAGUGUUUGAUCACUGGGCCAUAGUACCUGGAGAUCCCCUUGACAAGAGUAUAGUUUUACGGCCU